CUUCACCAACUAACCAAACUAGUGAACUACUGGCCUAAGCUAGCCUCGAGACGAUGCAGAGGCACAGAUGCUACACAGUCUGAUCGAUGCUGCAAAAUGGCUCCCACUAUACAAGACAGUCAACGUGAAAGAAGGGAGUCAGGGAGAAUUGUGAAAAGUGACUUUGUGUGCCGAGUAAAAUACAAUAACUCUUUGCCAGAUAUUCCAUUUGAUGCAAAAUUCAUCACAUACCCUUUUGAGGGUAACAGGUUCAUCCAUUACAAGCCUACUUCUCUCGAGAGGAGCUACAAACAUGACCUGCUAACUGAGCCUGACUUAGGUGUAACAAUAGAUUUGAUAGAUCCUGAUACCUACAGUAUAUCUAACAAUGAACUGCAUCCAGCAGAUGAAAAAUUACUGGAAGAGGAGUUCACUAUGCAAGCAGACCAUAAAAGACAAAGGCAACAUACCAAGAGUGUCACGUGGCUGAGAAAAACACAGUAUAUAUCAACAGAAUUCAACAGAUUUCAAACAUGCAAUGAUAUGGUUGAAACAAAAGUCGGAUUUAAUGUCAAGAAGAAAAUGAAAGGAAUCGAUUUAUAUAAGGAUCGCGAAGCUCAGAUUCAAUCAAUUGAAGGAAGUUUUGAGGCUGCAAAGAAACCUAUAACGGCACACCACGCUAAUCCAAGAUUGAAGCCAGUUGAUAUAAUGCCUGUUUUUCCUGAUUUCAGUUUUUGGCAUAUGCCUUGUGCCCAUGUGAUUUUCGAUACGGAACCUACUCCAAGAGGCAAGGCUGAUCCAGCAUCAAUCGAUGAAAUGUCUCAUGCCAUGAUCAGGGGUAUGGAAGACGAAAGUGGUGAUCAGUUUGUUGCAUAUUUUCUGCCAAGUGAUGACACACUACGUAAAAGGAAGAGAGAAGAAGCCGAUCCUAGUGAAAUUGCAAGCGAAGAUGAGAGUGAUUAUAAGCUUGCCAGGGAAUACAACUGGAGUGUCAAGAAUAAAGCUAGUUCCGGGUAUGAGGAAAACUACUUCUUUGCUUUGCGAGAAAACGAAGGUGCUUUUUACAACGAACUACAAACAAGGGUGAAGCUGAACAAGCGACGAGCUAAAGGCGGUGCAGGAGGAAUCAGCUCGGCAGUUUCCAAAUUGGUCGUGCGAAACAGAGAGCCGACAGAAGCUGAACUGAAUUUGCAGAAAUCAAGACUUUCACAGCUUGAAAACGCUGCGCUUGAGGAGGAGCUGGACGAAGACGAGGACGAACCCGCAAGUCCAGACAGUGAUCAAGUAAAUGCUGAUGACGUCAACUUGGAAGAACAAGACGAGGCCGAGGAUAGAAAAGCUGAAGACGCGGAAUCGAACGAAGAGGGUAAAAAAUCUGACAAUGCAGUGGAAGUUGCUGAGGAUCAAGAUGACGAGGGAGACAAUGAUUUGGGAAAUGAACUCUUCGGCUCUAGCUCAAGCGAAGAUGAGGGUGAUGAAUAAAUAGUGUUUGGCAGGAGACUAUGUAGCUCUGCUAUAAGCUUUCAAAUACUUUCUUUGACUGACGGGGCGAGCACCAAUAGUCAAAUUAUCAAAUAAUGAGGGAAGAAAUUUUCCUUAUUUUUUAUGCACCCGACAAUUUAAAUAAGCAACCUUUGCGUUCUUUAAUUUCUCUAAAAAUGACCACCCCUUUUGCGAAGGCACUACUGUAUAUCUCGAAAACGCCUUGUCCGCUGUCCGGAAAUGCUUGUCCUCUUCAUGAACGUCAAAAGAUCACAACUUUCAAAAGAUGAAACUUGUUGUUAUGGAGAAACUUAAAAAGUAUGAAGUCAACUAGGUAGUUCUAAGGAUGUAAUAAAAAUUUCUGUUUACCGUUGUAUAGAACAAGACCAGUCUAAGUUGCUAUUCCGAGCUUGAUAAAACAUUAGGCAACUGGUCCAAAAAUGUAAUUGACUGUAAGUAAGACUUAACUUCACAGAAUUUCUCAAGCUGCAACUGUUUUUACUCGUUGUUAACUAAUUUGUUGUUUCGACCCUGUGUCAAGAACCAACUCUCUGGUUUCUCUAGUACAAAGCAAGUGGGUUGGCAGAUAAAAGAUAAUUUGAUUGAAACGGAAACAUUGAGAAUGGUUAACACUUGGUGAGGCUGAAGUAGUGAGAGACCAGCAAUCAGAUCUAUGUGCCUCGCUUAUACGAAAACAUGCUUUUCUUUUAGAGGUCAAGAUUAUAAAUUUGCCUCGAAAAGAAACAAAAUCAAAUGAAUAGCUCAUUAACAUAAUAUCUUGCUCUUUAGUCUUCAGAAUAUCAACAGAUCGUUUUCAAUCCGAGGGAAUUGUUCUACUUCGUUAUUCUGUACUGUGUAUUUAAUUUGAAAAUUGUAAGGUUCGCCUUUUUCGUUUUUACAAAUUAGUUUGGAAGAACAGUUUUUUAUGUUAAUUUCAAUCUAAACCUUGCUUUUUUAAUAAAUAUGCAAAUGGCUUUGAAAAAUGUAAACAUUAAAAAAAUGGAUUGAAACUUUAAAAA